AUUGAAUUGAAUUGCUACUAGCUAGCUAGGAUAUAUACUUAUCUCCUCCUAGUUCAUUUCGUUGAAGAAGAAUUGAUGAAUAUGAACCAAGUGGAGAUACCUCAAUAUUUCUUGUGUCCUAUAUCUCUUCAAAUCAUGAAGGACCCGGUCACGGCGGUGACGGGCAUCACAUACGACCGGGAAAGCAUUCAGAAGUGGUUGUCUGGGGCGGAGCAUGCGUGUUGUCCCGUGACAAAGCAAGUAUUGCCCAGAGAUGCGGAGUUGACCCCCAACCACAUGCUUCGCCGGUUGAUCCAGGCUUGGUGCUUAUCAAACGCCGAACAUGGGAUUGAUCGGAUUCCCACUCCCAAGUCUCCCAUUCAAAGGUCACAGGUCCUCAAGUUGAUCCGCGACUUGAGUAACCCUGCGACCUUUAUGGAGUCUUUGAAGAAGAUGGAAGAGCUCGCGGUCGAGGACGAGAAUAAUAGGAAGUGCAUGGGCGAAGUGGGGGUGGUCAAGUGCAUGGUACACUUGAUAGUGAAAAGUUUCAAGGAAAGAGAAAUCCAAGGUCUACAAGAGGCUUUCAAGAUCUUCCAUGUCGUUUGUAGUCCAUCCAUUGAAAACAAGUUUAUAGUGAACCAAAACCAUGGUGAUCUUAUUCAACUUAUACUAUGGAUAAUGAACAUGAAAUCCGAAAACGGGAGCGAUCUUGUCAAAAUCCAAGCAGUGAGCGCGUUGAAAAAAAUCACAGAGGUCAUGAGUUCAAACCUCCUCGAGGGACUAAACUCCGAGUUCUUCGUGAAAAUAGUGAGUCUCCUAAGAACAAAUACCAUCACACAACAAACAACCAAAGCGGCGCUACACGUACUCAUACAAGCAUGUCCAUGGGGAAGAAACAAGCUAAAAAUAAUCAAAGCGGGAGCGGUUUUCGAGCUGAUCGAACUCGAGCUCUGCAACCUCGGGAAGCGGGUCAGCGAGCUCGUGUUCUCACUGCUGUCUCACCUCUGCUCCAUAGCAGAUGGGAGACAGCAGUUCUUGAGACACGCGGGGGCCAUAGCCCUGGUCUCGAAACGAACUCUUAGGGUUUCGGCGGCGUCAGACGACCGUGCGGUACAUAUUCUCGCGUUGAUCUCGAAAUAUUCGGCGACGAAGGAGGUGACUUUGGAGAUGCUGAGGGUGGGAGCAGUGGCAAAGCUUUGCAUGGUUCUUCAAGCUGAUUGUGAAGUGCAUUUGAAGAAGAAAGCAAGAGAGAUACUGAGGUUGCACUCUAAUGUGUGGAGUAACUCUCCUUGUAUCCGUACAGUUCUCGAUCAGAAAUUUUGUAGAGGUGAUGGGUGCGCGCGUGUUCAAGUAAUUAUUAUGAGAGAGAACGCCGAGAGAGAACGCCGAGAGAGAAGGAAAAGCCUGGCCGAGAGAGAAGGAAACGCCGAGGGAGAGAGAAGUGCGACGAGGGGGAGAUCGACGGACACCUUGCGACCGGAGUCAGGACCUAUUUUACGCGAUGUUUUAGUAAUUGAAGCGGGAGACCAUAGGUGUGAUGCGUUGGACUGGGCUUUGAUCACAGCUCUAGUGGAGAGAUGGAGGCCGGAGACUCAUUCAUUCCAUCUUCCCUUCAGAGAGGUUGGAAUUACUUUACAGGAUGUAGAGGUUUUACUGGGAUUGCCCGUAGAUGGCAAUCCAUUGGCGGGGAUGACUGGCCGAUCCAGAGACCAGUGGAUUCAGAUUUGUGAGGACAUGAUGGGAUUUCGGCCUCAAACUUCUGAUAUUACUUCUACUAUGAUUAAGAUGUCUGCCAUUGUUCCUAAGCAACUAACAGAUCAUAGUUUAGAUGUAGAUUACUUGCAGCAUGCCAGAGCCAUUAUGUUUAAGUUGUUGGGUGGUAGCCUAUUUCCCAACACGACGGGAAAUAAGAUUUGGGCUUGGGAGCGUCUGCCUAUGACUAGACCUAGAGGGGUUAUACCAUUUGAUCAGCUAGUAGAUGUCCCAUAUGGAGUCAGAUGGGUGUGUUACCAUCGAUGGUCAGAUUGUACCACGCACUCCAUACGAGCAUACCGGGACCAGCUUGACAGAUUGCUCGAGGGAGAGUUUGUAUGGUUGCCGUAUCCGAAUGUCAAUACCCUACCACCCUAUUGUUCUGCUGGAAUCGGAAUAUGGACUUCUAGAAUCCCCUUGAUCUAUACCUACGUUGUGGAGAUGUACUAUCCCGAUCGCUUUUGCAGGCAGUUUGGUGCCCUGCAACACAUCCCUGAAGUUGUUGUUUAUGACCGUCAACUACACCAAAUUAAGUCAAGUGUUAUGCAAAUUGGCGAUGGUGAGAGACAUUAUUUAGAGAUGUGGGAGGGACGUUAUGAUGCUACAGUCCAGAUGCAGUUUGGGAUGGUGGAUGCCACACCGGAGUAUCGUCAGUGGUACUACCUUCGGGGUCGACGACAUAUAGGGAACCCUGCCCAUCAGCACCGACCAGGGUACAUCCCCAUUUCUCCGGAGCUACAGACUGCAGAUCAGCAUCCUUACAACCCAGGACAUAUCAGGAGACGGGUAGAUAGAAGGCGUGAUGCACCUGCUGUCGGAGUCAGACGUGGAGGGCGGGGUAGUCGGAGGUUGCACGUCGAUGAUGAAGACGAACACAUCCCCAUUGAAUCUCCCCCUAUGACCCAGGAUGAUGAUGAAGAAGAUGUUGGUGACGAAGAACAUAUUCAGAGCGACACACAUACACCUUCUUGCAUGGUUGACCCGUCGAGUUCACAUCCUCCUGAAUUCCACAUAGAGCAUCCUCAGAGGCGCAUGCACGAUGUAUCACCAGUGACACAUCAAUCUGGGGUUUACGUUGGUUCACGACCUCUCCCAAUCAACGAUGAACCAACAUGGAGGCAUUUUAUACGGAAAGCAUCACAUGAAUACGAUGUAGUUGAAGUAUUCAUCGGGGUGUCUAAAAAUGUUGAGGAGGAAACGGAUGGUAAUCCGUUCUUCCAGCAUCAAAUGGAGCAGCCCUCUUCAUCCCAUUUCGCUCAACAUGUUGAUAGCGAUCCAGAUGAUGCUGAGUAUAUUGCACCCUCAACGGAAGAUGAAGAAUCUUCCGAAGAGGAAGAGGACAUAUCUGCAGAUGAAGGAGAAGAUGGCCAGGACAUUCGUGCAAUGCCACAGUUACAUGACCGGCAAAGUCACGUACCAAAUAUGUCGUUGAGGCCAAUGUUCCACAUCCCAAAUAUUGAGGUCGACAACAGGUAUCCUUCUUUCCAAAGUCUACAACAAGCUGUGUCAUUACGGAACAUUGCGGAGCAUAGACACUUUCACACAGAAGCGAAACGGAGCCGAUAUUGGAAAGCACGUUGUGUAUAUGCCCCGCAAUGCACUUGGUUCAUACAAGCAGCAGAGAAUGCUGGGUGUAGUAUAUGGACCAUAAAGCAAUAUCAGGGGUACCACCAGUGUAGGCCGAAUUACACGCGAGCUAAAGACGACAAAUUGUUAACUAGUGAGCUCAUUAGUGGCCUGAUUGGUCCUAAAAUUGAAGAAGAUGCUGAUUAUAAAGUCAAACUCAUAAUGAGGGAUGUUUAUGAGUUGUUCCAAGUAUCUGUCUCCUAUAAGAAGGCAUGGUGUGCAAAGUCAUUGGCCAUUCAGCGAUUGUACGGUAGUUGGGAGGACUCAUACAACAAGCUGGCUCCUUUGCUCGGUGCAAUUAUGGGAUUAAACCAUGGGACAGUUGUGGAUUUGCAAACCCUACCUACAAACGCACCGACUACAUUUCAGUUCGGGUAUGUUUUUUGGUCUUUCAAGGCAUCCAUUGAUGGCUUCCAAUACUGUCUUCCAGUUGUUUCAGUUGACGGGACUCACUUAUAUGGAAAGUAUAAGGGAACUCUAUUAAUUGCUGUGGCAAUGACGGGAAAUGGUGACAUUUUUCCCUUGGCUUUCUCCAUUGUGGAUGUUGAAGAUGGUGAAAGCUGGAAGUGGUUCAUGACAAAUAUCAUGCGACAUGUCGUGGCUCCACACCGCCAUAUAUGCAUAAUAUCUGAUAGGCAUGGUGGUAUUGAUCACGCAUUCAAUAAUGUUCCAGAAUUGCAGGGAGGUCAAGUCACUCGAAGAUUUUGUCUCCGUCAUGUGCGAAGCAAUUUCCAUAGCAAGUUUCGAAGUAAGAAACUGAAGAACAUGAUGUAUAAAGCUGGUAAGACCCCUAGCAGAAGUGAGUUCGAGCAGACGCUUCUCGAGAUAGCAGCCAAAAAUCAAGAAGCAUACAACUGGCUUAGGGCUAUUCCAAAACACAUGUGGGCAUUGUCCCAUGAUGAAGGUGGCUCACGCCAUGGUAUUGCGACAACAAAUUCAUCAGAAAGCUUCAAUCAUGUCCUUAAGGGAUGUCGUUGUUUACCUGUCUUUGCCAUUAUGAGGUUCACGUAUGACAAAUUGGUCAAGCUAUUUGCUGAUAGGCGAACCAAUGGAUAUUUGUGGCAACAAUCUGGGUAUAAUUUUCCAAUGAAUGUGUGGAAAAAGAUCAAGAACAAUGAAAAAAAUAGGCUUUAUUGUCGUGUUGUGCAGCACCACGCACAACAUGGGAUAUACUCUGUGGUUGUGGAUGGGUCCUUCAACAAUGGUCACCGCGAGACAUUUGCGGUGAAUUUAAAUGCACGGACAUUUGUGGCUUCUACUGGUAGGCAUCUUCAAUCUGUUGGAGACAUAAUUCCAGACUGUGGGGCUGUGGCUUCUUCUUCUUCUUCCCCCCUUUCCUCUGUUCAUUCCUCUGCUGCAGCCUUUGGGGACCUUUCUUUAGGUUUCAAUAAUGCUGCCCCAAUUUCCGCCGCACUUGGCGGCGAUGCUGCCGUCCAUCUUGCGCCGUGGAGUUCCCCUUCCGUUAGGCAGAUGCAGAGCAGUAACAAUGGGGUUUUGCCGGAUAUGGGUAUGUUUGUCGUGGCGCCGGCGGCCUCUUUCCACCACCCGCAUUUUCUCGGCCAGUAUCCGCCCUCCGCCUUCGUCGGCUUCGACGGGUCCUGCCCCGCAACACUCGGCGUGAUCCCUUUGCUUCCCGAAGAAUUGGUUGUGGGCGGCUGUAGCAGAGGCGGAGGCGGCGGAUUGCAGUUGUGGCAGAGCGUGGCUGCUCCGGCGGCUGCGGGGUACUACCCCUCUUGUGCCGGCGGCGCGAGUGAUGCUGCUGCGGUUGGGAUGGAGGACGCCGGCGGAAGAGCGAGAGUGGGUUCUCAAAACUUGCUUCCGCUUCAAGGCGGCACCGCCACGGAUUUGCCGUCGUACUCCGCCGCCGCCACUGCGGCUACGGCUUGCCGAGACUGCGGAAAUCAAGCCAAAAAGGACUGCAUCCACCAGAGAUGCAGGACAUGUUGCAAGAACAGAGGGCUGGACUGCUCCACCCACGUGAAGAGCACGUGGGUUCCGGCCGCUCGCCGCCGUGAAAGCCACCCCUUUUCUACCUCCGCCGUGACGGCAUCGCGCUCGCAGUCGGCUUCUUCCGGCUCGAAGAAGCCCAGACUUCUCCCGGGGAACCAUUCCCAGACUUCCCACGCUUCAACUUCAAACAACACCGCCGCCACGGCAACCACCGGCGACAGCGGCGGCUCUAUGCCGAAGCAGGUGAUGGCCCACGCGGAGUUCAGGUGCGUGCGAGUGAGCCCCGUGGACGGCGGCGAGGACGACGAAUACGCUUACCAGGCGGUGGUGAGAAUCGGUGGCCACGUAUUCAAAGGAUUCCUGUACGAUCAAGGGCUCGACAUCGACGGCGAUAAUGCCGGGAAAGGGAUUUACGGUUCUGGACUAUUCCCCACCGUGUCGUCGCCGCCCAUAAUUGUACCGGCGUCAUCAGAAUCGCAUGAUAUUUACGGCGGCGCCUCCGCAGGCAUCGGGAAUGGAGGUUCUAACUUUGGUAUUGGAAAUCCAUUUCAGUAGAAAUUGAAAUUUGACUUCUUUUCUUUCAUUUUACUAGCUAGUGCAGUAUUGUUUUAAAAUGACGCUCCUACAUAAUGUUCCUAAUUAACGUAGUAUGAUGACCCUAACUUGAAGUCUUUAAACCCAUUCUUGAUGGCUUUAUGUCAAAUCACGUGAUCAUUGAAAGUUUGUAGGACGAGAGUGCAAAUGAAACAAUCAAUGAUAU